AUGCUUAUCAAUCCUGUCGUUCAAGACCAAUUGGAUCCUACCCUCUUUGGCUUGAUCAAAAUGGUCAGACGUGAGUUUAUUUGUGCCAAUGAGCUCACAGAAGCUAAAGCCAAUGCUAAUCAAAAUGAUGUCAUUAGCAAUGACAGUUCUGAUCUUGUGACUAUGGUUCCUGCUCCUGCUCCAUCACCAGAAGAUGCCACUAAUGUUGCUAGUGCUGCUGUCACACCUGAAACUGCAUACGAUGACAUAGCCAAACUCACUGAGCUCAUGAAGACUCUUCAAGUGAAUGACACUGAUCUGCCUGCUUUGCUGAUGGACUAA